AUGAAUGCAGAGAGCCUGCUUGCUUCGGCGGCCAUUAACAUAGGUUUCGCCAUGAUCAUCCUCUCACUCUUCUCCAUUCUCAAGAAACAGCCCUCCAACGCCCGCAUAUACUACGCUCGUCGUCUCGCUCUCAAGCAUUAUAUCCCUUUCGAUCAGUCCUUCACUUUCUUCCGAUUGCUCCCUUCCCUCUCUUGGAUUUCCCGCGCCAUUCGCGUCACCGAAGACCAAAUCCUCGAAACCAACGGCCUCGAUGCUCUCGUCAUGAUCAGACUCUUCAAAUUCGGGAUUAACUUCUUCGUGGUCUGCUCUCUUGUUGGAUUCUUGAUACUUCUCCCUCUCAAUUAUACUGGCCAAAAUGGGCCAUCUAGGAGGUCCCAUUCCAUGGAUUCUUUUGCAAUAUCAAACAUAAGUGGAGGCUCUAACAGGCUUUGGGCGCAUUUUACAUGCUUAUGGUUUAUAUCUUGUUAUGGAUUAUACCUACUGUACAAGGAAUUUAAUGAUAUAUUGAUGAAAAGGAUUCAGCAACUUCGUAAUUUAAGGGAUCGGCCUGAUCAGUUCACUGUUUUAGUUCGAGAAAUUCCCCUCUGCACUGAACACAAUGCCCAUGGGUGCUGCGUAGAUCAUUUUUUCUCUAAGCACCAUCCAUAUGCUUAUCGAUCUUAUCAAAUUUUAUAUGAUGGCAAGGAUCUUGAACAGUUGUUGAAUCAAGCAAAAUGUAUUGCAAGAAAGAUUGAGGACUUGAGACAACGGAUCUUGGCAAAGAAAAAUUCUGGAGAUUUUUCACUCUCAGAUGUGUUUAAAGGUAAUGCAAAAAUAGGCCGGCUUGAGGAAAGCCUUCAAGAACUAUGUCAUAAGAUACGCCAUAUUCAGUGCAAAAAGAUGCUCGAAGAGAAGGAGUUGCCUGUUGCUUUUGUUACAUUCAGGUCCCGAUGGGGUGCUGCACUAGCUGCCCAAUCCAAGCAGAGCUCAGAUCCACUUUUAUGGAUCACCGAAAUGGCUCCUGAACCAAGGGAUGUCUUGUGGAGGAAUCUAGCAAUUCCACAUCGGCAUGUGCCCCUAUAUAGAAUUGGAGUUCUUGUUGCAGCAUCACUUCUUACAAUAUUUUUUGCUUUCCCAGUCACAGCAGUUCAAGGAAUAGCAAAAUUUGAAAGAUUAAGGAAAUGGUUUCCUCCAGUAAUGGCAGUGGAGUUGAUACCUGGAUUAAGGUCUAUUGUGACAGGGUAUCUUCCAAGUGCCAUUCUCAGUGGAUUUAUAUACGUAGUUCCCUUUGCCUUGCUUGCAAUGGCGAAACUGGCAGGUUAUAUCUCAAGGAGUAAAAGGGAGAUUGAAGUUUGCAACAUGAUCUUUUAUUUUCUAGUGGGAAACGUAUUCUUCUUAAGCUUGUUAUCGGGGUCUUUACUUGAUCAAAUUGGAGAAUCUUUCAGUCAUCCUAAAGAUAUUCCUAGUCAUCUUGCUAGCGCUGUUUCUGCCCAAGCAGACUUUUUUAUCACAUACAUCUUAACCAAUGGACUGGCAGGAUUUUCUCUGGAGAUUAUUCAGCCUGGAUUACUCAUUUGGGAUACUGUAAAAUCACAUACAUGGGGCCGUAGAAAGAAGAAAAACCCUUACCUUUUUUCACUACCUUAUUUUAGAGUGCUUCCUUUUGUUUCCCUCAUGAUACUGAUUGGUAUGGUAUACGCAGUCAUCACACCAUUGAUUCUCCCAUUUCUAAUUGGCUACUUCCUUCUAGGCUACGUCGUGUUUAUCAACCAGGUCCAAGAUGUAUAUGAAACUGUUUAUGAGACAUGUGGGCAAUAUUGGCCACACAUUCAUCACCAGAUACUUUCUGCAAUAAUACUUGCGCAAAUCACUAUGAUUGGUCUCUUUGGACUGAAGUCAAAGCCCUCUGCAUCCUUUGCAACCAUACCAUUGCUAUUGUUAACUCUACUGUUCAACGAGUACUGCAAGUUCCGUUUCCAACCUACAUUUUACUAUCUCUCACUCCAGGAUGCUUUGAAAAAUGAUGAACUUGAUGAGACGAAUGGUAUGAUGAAUGCUAAUUACGAGAAUGCUCUUGAUGCGUAUUGCCCGCCUUGUUUGCGGCCGGUGAACUUGACAUCUAUGGAAUCAAGCUCUACUACACUACCACUACUGAAUUCAUAUUAAGUUGUACAAAUGGUUGUGUGUGUUCUUUUUCUUUUGUGUUAUGAUCCUUUUCACCAUCUUUCCGAAGUUCCUUGUUAGGAGUUCCCUCCCAAUGAGAUUGCAAUCGACGCUUCUAUAUGCUCUGUUCUUAUGUGACAAAUGGUUGCUGGGGACAAAAGGAAAAUGCGUGAAUUAAGGGAUAGUCAAUAUCGCUCGACGAAGACUUAGCAGUGUACAAACCAUGAAUGUAGAUGCCGAUAGCAAUUUUGAUGCUUAGUCCAAGCUAUCAUGUGUUAUGGACUGGGUUUUGUAUAGAUCAUCCAUUCUGUUGUAGCUUUUGCCCCUAAAAAAAGCCAUGACCAACAUCGUUGCUCGGCUGCAGAGAUUUUCCAGAGUGACCUCUUACCAGGUUUAUAAAUUGUAAUUACAGGCAUGUCUAAAUUAUUACAUACUGAUGUUUGUUAUGUGCAAUGAAAUAAGAGCAGUG